UUUGUAGAGGAAGAUGAUUGCGAACGGCCAACACAAAAAUUCAAAUUUAGAAAAAACUGAAGAAAUGAAGGCAAGCGAAUCGAUUCCAGAGCCUGCUCCUUUUGAGAAGUUUAACUGGCUGAUUCAUUUGCAACAUGUGAGGGGUGAAACGGAAGCGUGCAAACAACUAAUAAAAAAGGAAUUGGAACGGUGUCAUGGGAAAAACGAAUUUGCGUUGUAUAAGGAGGGGAUAAUACUAAGGGAAGAAGGAAAAUUGCAAGAAGCUCUAGAGUCCUUUCAGAAGUGUUUGAAAUUAAAUCCCGAUAAUCCUGACAAUUUCAAAGAGAUGGGAAAAUGCUUAUAUGAGAUGCGGAGGUUUCGCUUAUCUUUAGAGGCGUUAAUGGAGGCAGAGAAGGUCUCUAAAUGCCCUGACUGGAAAAUAUAUUACCACCUGGGGCAGUGCCUAAUGAAGCUCGGUGAGGUCGGAAAGGCCAAAGAGUACGCUCAAAAGGCCGUAAAAUUGGGCAAACACGAAAUAUGUUACGCUCUUCUCAUCAAGAUUCUUGUCGCGGAAGGUGAUAUAAGAUCUGCUGUUGCUGUGUCUAAUUCUGCUGUAGAAUCCUGUCCGGAUAGCGUCCAAAUGCUGACGGAAUCGGGACUGUUAUACCUGAAGGUGGGACAAAGCCAGCAUGCGUUCGAGAGAUUAAGUUCUGCCUUGGCUCUGGAACCGACCUACACCAGGGCGCUGUUAGGUGUGGGAUGCAUCACACAGAAACACGAGGAAUACGACGUGGCCUUGUCCAAGUACAAGAUCGCCAUCCACCACGACCCCGAUUCCGUGGGUCUCUGGAACAACAUCGGCAUGUGUUUUUAUUCCAAACAAAAAUACAUAGCGGCGAUCAGCUGUCUGAAGAGGGCCCUGUGGGUGUCCCCGCUGAACUGGAAGACGCUGUUCAAUUUGGGGCUGGCCCAUCUCGCGACGUCUCAACCUGCGUCUGCCUUCAACUUCAUUUGCGCCGCGGUGAAUCUCAGGCCUGACGUCGCCGAUUGCUUCGCUGUUCUUGCAUCUUGCCUUAUGGAACUUAAAGAUGCCGAAAACGCAGUCAGAGCUCUGCACCGGGCUCUAGAACUAGCCCCCGAUGAUCCCGUCUACGUGAUCAACACUGCGGUGUGCUGUGAAGCCGCUGGGUUUGAUGACGAAGCCCUCGAUAUGCUCCGCAGAUUAAAAGAACUAGCAGAAAAUGGAGUUGUCUGUACCCAAGAGGUGAUGGAUCUAGCGACCCGACUUUCCGCCAAGUUGGACGAAAAGAAGCAGACCGACCAGCAGGACGAUAGCGGCGGUCAGGAAGCUCCGCAGGCACAGGGAACCUCCGAUUCGGAUAGAAACGUGAUGCUCUCCGGAGAAUUUCCCACAGGCGCCGUUACGGAACGGGAACUUGAAGCGGAUGAGGUGUGAGGCGUCUUUUUUUUUUCAUUCGAAGGCGCCCGCUCUUAUCUGGAAGUCGGGCGCUCGUUUAGUGCCAUUUGUAGGAUUCCUUUUGCUUAAAUGAAGAAGUCAGCGUGCAUGUAAGGAACUCUAACAACUGCUUAAAAGUAAUA